GGUCGGGUCGGGUCGCCUUGGAUGAAUGGAAAACUGAAGAAAUGAGCAUCAUGUGUUUGUGUGUGUGGGACUGGAGGUGAUAUCACGAUGCCUCCUCCUUUAUCAUGAUUCCAACCUAAACCUCCAUUCAAAUCCUGCACAAUUUAACCACACCUUUAUCCUUUCCCCAAAUCACAAUCAUCUCUUUCUCAUUCACCAACCUUCAACUUCAUCGUUCAUGGCUGCCGUUAAUGGCGCUGACCGCUAGCUGACGUAGAUUCCCGUACCUCUUCUUCAUCGCGAUCGGCCGGUUUGAAUUAUAGAAAAUGAAUCCAUAAUUAAACCUGAACCGGACUGUUUUGUUUUUCGUUAGUUUGUGAAAUUAGGGUUUGAAUUGUGUUGCGAUGGAGCCGCACGUAGGGAAUAAGUUUCGGCUAGGGCGUAAGAUCGGUAGCGGAUCGUUUGGAGAGAUCUACUUAGGGACUAAUAUUCGGACGAAUGAAGAAGUUGCCAUCAAGCUUGAAAAUGCGAAAACAAAGCAUCCACAAUUGCUAUAUGAAUCAAAGUUGUACAAGAUACUACAAGGAGGAACUGGAAUCCCAAAUGUGAGAUGGUAUGGAGUCGAAGGGGACUACAAUGUCCUUGUGAUGGAUUUAUUGGGCCCGAGUCUCGAGGAUUUGUUUAAUUUCUGUAGUAGGAAGUUGUCUUUGAAAACCGUUCUUAUGCUUGCUGAUCAAAUGAUAAAUCGUGUUGAAUUCAUUCACUGUAAAUCGUUUCUGCAUCGGGAUAUUAAGCCUGACAACUUUCUUAUGGGUUUAGGGAGGCGUGCUAAUCAGGUGUAUGCUAUUGAUUUUGGGCUAGCCAAGAAAUAUAGGGACUCUUCUACUCAUCAACACAUUCCUUAUAGAGAGAACAAGAAUUUAACAGGGACAGCAAGGUACGCGAGCAUGAAUACUCACCUUGGAAUCGAACAAAGCAGAAGAGAUGAUUUGGAAUCACUUGGUUACGUUCUCAUGUACUUUCUAAGAGGAAGUCUUCCAUGGCAGGGACUAAAAGCCGGUAACAAGAAACAGAAAUAUGAAAAAAUUAGUGAAAAGAAGGUUUCUACCUCUAUUGAGUCGUUAUGUCGGGGUUAUCCUACAGAAUUUGCAUCCUAUUUCCAUUAUUGUCGCUCGUUAAGAUUUGAUGAUAAACCAGAUUAUGCUUAUUUGAAGAGGAUCUUUCGUGAUCUUUUCAUUCGUGAAGGUUUUCAGUUCGAUUACGUGUUUGAUUGGACUAUUUUGAAGUAUCAGCAAUCACAGCUUGCAAAUCCUCCGUCCCAUGCUCUUGGUACUGGUGCAGGACCAAGUUCUGGUAUACCUCCUGUGGCUGCCAAACCGAAUAGGCCGUCAGGUGGUGAAGAAGGUAGGCCCCUCGGUUGGUCUCCUACAAAUCCCUCGCGGUCUAGAAAUACCCCGAUGCCGUUUAAUUCCGGUAAUUUAUCCAAACAGAAAAAUCCAGCUUCCAGCGAUCCAUCGAUGAGUAGAGAGUUAUCGAGUAAUAACAUUUUGCAAUCAAGUGGAUCUUCAAGGCGGCCUGCUGUCUCUAGUAGCCGUGAGCCAGGUGGUGAACGUGAACCCGAGCCAUCAUACGGGCGGACCGCUGAUGCAAGCCCUAGUGCUCUUCGUAGGGUCACAAGCGCUGGUCGAAGGAGCUCACCAGUUGUGUCCUCUGACCAGAAACGGUCAAGUAACGUAAAGAACUUUGAAUCGACUCUCAAGGGUAUUGAGGGACUGCGUUUUUAAACAAAAUGAAAAAGGGUUUGGUUAGCCAUGGGUCGUGCUCCAUGUAAAUUUGUUUUUCGAAAGUAAAGCUCUCAGUUGAUGCAAUAACAAUCAUAAACCCAUAUAUGUUUCGUUGCGGGUCGUUGUUUGUAUAUGCUGAGAUUAUAUGAUAUGUUGUGGAUAUUUACUUUGAUUUUGUUUACCCUUGUAUGAUUUUUGUUA